GUAAGGAAAGUGACUAAAGCUGUCCUGGACGGUGGGCUGAGCUAAGGCUGCACGCCAAUCAAGCUCAAGGCAGGUAGAGAGAUGAAGGGAAAGCGAGAGAGAGAGAGAGGCAGGCACUCACAGGGAGAGGGAGAGGAGGAGCGCGAGAUUAGGACAGCGCGUGGCAGCGCUGAAAAGAGGGAUAAAGCCUGCGCGAGCGUCGCAGUUUACUCACACCUCACGAGCGGGUUCACGCCACAGUUAAAGAAAAAACUCCGGUACUUUCAGCGCGAACUUCCCGGAAUUACCUGAGUGAGGAAAAAAUGAAAAUGUUUCUGCUGCGUGGGAUAAAUCGAUCCAAUUUGUGACGGGGUAACUUAUUCUUGACGCGACUGGGAAACCCCGACAAAGUCAGAGGUUCAGCAGCAAAAAAAAAAAAAUUCCAAGCAUGGACAAGGCUCAUCUUUCAAGCCCCAAUGAAAUAAUAAUGACAAACUCAACAGGCUCUUAUCAACAGGAGCCUCUCACUCCACCCAGGCCUGCCCAUCUGCACUCCUCAUCCUCUUCAUUAUCCUCCCCUUCCCCUUCAUCCUCCUCUCCCCUCAAACCCAACCAGGUGGGUCAGGUCAUCUUGUACGGCGUUCCUAUUGUGUCACUCGUCAUUGACAACAAUGAGAGACUUUGUCUGGCACAGAUUUCAAACACUCUUUUGAAGAACUACAGUUAUAACGAGAUUCAUAACCGCCGAGUGGCCCUAGGGAUCACCUGUGUCCAGUGCACUCCAGUUCAGCUGGAGAUCCUCCGUAGGGCCGGUGCCAUGCCCAUCUCGUCACGCCGGUGCGGCAUGAUCACCAAGCGUGAAGCCGAGCGCCUGUGCAAGUCCUUCCUGGGAGAAAACUCACCCCCUAAACUGCCCGACAAUUUUGCCUUCGACGUGACACACGAGUGCGCCUGGGGUUGCCGGGGUAACUUCAUACCAGCGCGCUACAACAGCUCAAGGGCCAAAUGCAUCAAGUGCUCCUUUUGCAACAUGUACUUUUCUCCAAACAAGUUCAUUUUCCAUUCUCACCGCACACCAGACGCCAAGUACACCCAACCUGAUGCUGCCAACUUCAACUCCUGGCGAAGGCACCUCAGACUGACAGACAAAAUUCCACCGGAUGAGUUGGUUUACGCAUGGGAAGAUGUCAAAGCCAUGUUCAAUGGAGGUAGCCGGAAGAGAGCACUGCCGUCAUCUGUCCAGUGCGCUUCCAUGGGUCCCAUGAAGAGUCUCCCAGGUACAGUGGUACCUCAUAUGAUAGGACCUGACCUGGGUGCACAGAAAAGAGCCCGCUUUGAGGAUGAGGAUGAUCUGGACGGAGGCAGCCUCUCUCCUCGUAAAACACCACGCAACUACCCUGUCAUCCCUGUCCCAAGCAAAGGCUUCAGCAUGCUGCAGAAGUUCCCCCCUACAUCACUCUUCCCAUCGCCUUACCCCUUCCCUGCGUUUGGCCUCUGCCAGCAGAAAAAGGAGGACAGUGAUGUUUCAACUGUUCAGAAAGGGCCAGGGCUUUCGGGUCUUUUAUGGCCUGGCCGCAAAGACGCUUUCUAUCCUCCUUUCUGUAUGUUUUGGCCCCCGAGAGCAGCUGGGGGGAUUCCAGUACCUACCUACCUUCAGCCUCAGCCCAGCACCCUUUCCACUCUAACUGAAAACCCAUCUCUCAGGCAGGCCUUUUUGGAUCUGUCAGAUCCUAGUGAUGCUGGAACUGUAAGCAGCAAUGGGAAUGCUGUCAGUGCUGCUAUGGCCCCCAGCAAUGGGACCACCACACCAAGAUCCGGGUUGUUUGACACUGAGUGCACGACAGCAACCCCAGACCUUCGCCCUGUGACGUCAGAGGGAUGGCUAAAACUUCUAGAAAACCCAGCUCUCCAAACGAGGAAGCCCAGCUAUGGCUCUGCCUUUCGCCCAGUUGUCAAGGAUGCAGAGAGCAUCGCCAAGCUCCACGGCAACAGCGGAGGAGUCAAUGGAGCAACAGAUGAGGACUUUGCAGUCGUGGUUCCCGGAUCAGACCGACACCAGCGGCUGUCGCCCACCAGCAGCUGCAGCUAUGGCAGUGAAAGCGGAGGUGAUGGGGAAGCAGAGGGAGCAGAGAGUGAGGAAGAGGGUGAAGUGGAUGUGGAGUCUUCAAAGCAAGAGGAUGAGGAGGAGGAGGGGAACUUCACAAAUAGGCCGCCACAGACUCAGACCAACCUGUAUCUCCCUGUUCUGAGUGACAGUGCUGGAGAGGAACGAGGGAAGGACAGGGGGAGUGGCGCAAUUUUUCCCAGCACCUCCCCGGGAUCCUCCUCGAAUCCCAUUGUACAGGAGUCCCCCAGCCUACCUGCCUCUCCACACGCCAGCUUGCCUCUCUCCAGCUCCACCCCACCCCACCGAGAGGACACAGCUUACAAAAACGCUCAGAAAAAUCGAGAUGAAGGACUGCCUGCAUAUGCAACCAAAGACAAUUCAAGCAAUUCUGAUGAAAACAAAGAGCAGAGAAGUUUCUUUGUGCCAGAGAGUGAAACCUCAGCGCCUGACUACUGGAGAGAGUGCACAGGGGAUCAGAGCAGAGGCGCAACCUCUCCUGUCACACUGAAGAAGGAUGUUGAAAAUAUGGAGAAAGAAGAACUUCAGAAAGUUCUCCUGGAGCAGAUCGACUUCAGGAGGAGACUGGAGCAGGAGUUUCAUGCCCUAAAAGGAACUUCCCCAUUUCCUGUCUUCCAUAAUUUUCAAGAUCAGAUGAAACGAGAGCUCGCCUACAGAGAAGAAAUGGUCCAACAGUUACAGAUGAUUCCCUACACCAACAUCAUCAGAAAAGAAAAGAUCAGCCCUCAUCUUGGCAAGUAGCUGAAAAGGGUGAAUCAUUACGAUCAACAGGACGAAGCUGCUUGGACUUGUGAAAGUCGCAUAUUUUUUUCAUAAAAGGCACAUACUGUACUGACAUAAAAGGAGGUAUACUGUAAAUGAACAAAACACCAACAUUAAGGAAUUCCAAUGCAAUUAUAUAUAUUUACACAUUUUUGGGAUUUCCAAGGACAGUAACUGUUUGACUCAUUCCUUCAAUUCUUCUGAACUCAUUUGGAUGACUUCAUGCUGCUUUUGUACCAGCAUGUUGGUAAAUGUUUACCAACUGUUUCAUCUUCUCUUGGUCAACUUUCCCCCCUCACACUCGCAAAUUAACUGAACUGAAAACAUCUGGAUCAACGGGACCAUUCUUGGUAUUUUGCUAUUGCAAGAUUUCAAGCUUCAUUCAACCAGGACCAAAGCAAGCACCUGGAUGAAGAACGUCAAAAAGGUGGAGACAAAAUGCUGAAAGACUUGUGACUCUCAUUGCUGUUGGUUGAAUGCACUGGACUGCUGUAGCAUUGGCAUCACCAACCAGAGAGCCUGAAGAAAAGUUCCCCUUAUUAAGUAUCAGCAUUUGGGCCCAAAGAGAUUCUUCUUGGCAUGUUGAUCUGGGACCAGUCCUUUUGUACACAGAUCAUCAUUGUUACCAAUUAUCAGCAAACACAUGUGAUACAAGCUCUGAUUGAUGUCUAAGUAAGGUGCAGAGCCAACAAGAGAACAAAAAAUUUUACAUUUUGAAUUCCCAAAAAGGGUUCACAUGCUGAAAAUGUACAGUCACCAUCAUUUCUGUAAUGUACAAACAAUGAAUCACUGCAGAUGUAACGCCCUUGUCAAUAUUCAGUGUAUCACAUUUGUUAGUACAUAUUUUAUUUAUACAUGCAAAGUUACCCUAAAAAAUGUAUUUCAUUCACUAUCAUAUUUAUUCUGUAUGUGUUUAUAGCAGCUGAAAGGCACCGAUUCAGAUUUUUACCACCUCAAGAACUUUAAGUAAAAGUAUUAUGUUACCAUCAGCUAAUAGAUGCUGAUAAGGUAGUUGUAAGGCCAUCUCCAAGCACCUGGUUAAUGUAUGGCCAGCAAGGAGAAAACUGCAGUUCAUUCUUGUUGUGUAUCUAUUUGUAAAUUACUUCACCUAACUGUAUAAAUCAUCACACAUGAGAGUAUUGAAUCUUACAGUCUUUUUAUGUGUUUAUUUAUUUAUAAUUUGAAAAUAAAAUCCUGAGACCCUUGUUGUGAAAAUAUUAUUAUAGAUUUUAAAGAAGUUGUAAGAGACUCAAUAACAAUGAUUAUUAAGAUGGUGUGUUUAAGUGUAUGUAAAAAAAAAAAGUACAAAUGACAUCUCCCCCACCUGGUUUAUAGAAUGAAUGGAUGAAGUUGUCAUUUACUGAUAUGUUAUUAUCAUAACCUGUUAA